AAAAAGAGAGAAUCUGACUUCUCCAACAUUUAUGGACAACCUGACCAGCAAGGCAGCGACCUAACCAACAUUCAAGCUCUACUAAUUCCAUUAUUUUUCUUCUUCAAAACCCAAAUUCUCUUCUCUGAUCGCUUUCAGUUUCAAUUCCGUUUCUCGAUCAUCCCCAAAAAUUUUACCAUGGAAUUCAAUUCGUCUUCACCAAGGUCGAUCCAUAUAUUUUCCAAUUUACGUUCCCCUUUCGGGAACAACGAUUCAUCAAUCGAAGAUCCCAAUUCUCCGACUACCAGAAAACAUAUCAGUCUCUGGCCAGGAAUGUACCAUUCUCCGGUGACGGAAGCUCUCUGGGAGGCCAGGUCUAAGAUCUUCGAGAGACUACUAGACCCACCUAAAGAUGCGGAGCGAGUUGCUAACCAAGACUCUCUCACAGAGCGGACUCCCUCGCAGAGCCGUACGAGUAUUUUGUAUAACUUCUCCAAGGAUUAUACUCUGAGGGAACAGUAUAGGGAUCCAUGGAAUGAGUUCAGGAUUGGGAAAUUGCUUGAAGACCUUGAUGCAUUGGCUGGGACUAUCUCUGUCAAGCACUGCUCUGAUGAUGAUAGCACAACAAGGCCCCUCUUGCUGGUCACUGCUUCUGUUGACAAGAUUGUCCUAAAGAAGCCGAUCAGUGUUGACAUGGAUCUGAAAAUGGUCGGCUGUGUCGUAUGGGUUGGGCGAUCAUCAAUGGACAUUCAGUUAGAAGUCAUUCAGUCUACAAAAGAUAAUUCCAGUGUGACAGACUCAGUAGCUCUGUCAGCAAACUUCAUAUUUGUGGCCCGGGACUCUAAGACUAGGAAAGCUGCUCCAGUGAACCGGCUCUCACCACAAACCGAGAAAGAGAAGUUACUUUUUGAGGAGGCUGAAGCAAGGAGUAAAUUAAGGAAGAGCAAGGCAGUAGGAAAUAAUAGAGGAUUUGAGAAUGAGGAGGUAAACAGACUUCAAGCAUUGUUGACCGAGGGCCGAAUCUUCAGUGACAUGCCAGCCCUGGCAGACAGAAAUAGCAUUCUUCUCCGGGAUACACGCCUUGAACACUCUUUGAUUUGCCAGCCACAGCAAAGGAACCUCCAUGGUAGAAUUUUUGGAGGUUUUUUGAUGCACCGAGCAUUUGAAUUGGCUUUCUCAACGGCUUAUGCCUUUGCUGGAUUGGCUCCUUACUUUCUGGAGAUUGAUCAUGUUGAUUUUCUAAGACCUGUGGAUGUGGGGGAUUUCCUUCGUUUCAAAUCUUGUGUUCUCUACACAGAACUUGAAAACCCGGAUCAUCCUUUAAUCAAUGUUGAAGUUGUUGCUCAUGUUACAAGGCCAGAGCUCAGAUCUAGUGAGGUAUCAAAUACAUUCUACUUCACAUUCACCAUACGUCCAGAGGCAAAGUCCACGAACAAAGGAUUCAGGAUUCGCAAUGUUGUUCCAGCAACAGAGGAAGAAGCACGUCAUAUCCUGGAGCGCAUGGAUGCAAAGGCCAUACAGUCAGCCAAAGAGUGAGUGAUAAAAGGGCAUAUAUUUCAAUUGCACAACAAAAUAAAAGUCAAUGAAGCCAUCUUGAAGAAGGAUGACUAUUGAAAAAUAGAAGUAGCUAUAAAUGAUGUUAUACUUGAACCAUAAGACAAGAUUGGCUUUGCAGCUGUAUUGAUACAAAGGGUAUGAUUAUCAAGCACACAUUAGAAGAUGAGAUUCUGUUUAAGAUAAAAUAGAAUUGAAUCUUCAUCCCA